AUGAAUAUUAGAGAUACUGUCAAUUACAAAGAAGUAAUGAAACAGUAUAGUUUAGGUCCAAAUGGUGGUAUUGUCACUGCUUUAAAUCUUUUUUCUACAAAAUUUGAUCAAGUUAUAGAACUUAUUGAUAAAGCAGGCAAAGAACAUGAAUAUGUAAUUUUGGAUACCCCUGGACAAAUUGAAGUUUUUACAUGGUCAGCAAGUGGAACAAUCAUAACAGAAGCUUUGGCAUCUCAAUUUCCAACGAUUAUAGUGUAUAUAUUAGAUACUGUAAGAAGUGUUAAUCCUGUGACAUUCAUGUCUAAUAUGCUUUAUGCAUGUUCUAUACUGUAUAGAACCAAAUUACCAUUUAUUGUUGCUAUGAAUAAGAUUGAUAUUGUCGAACAUAGUUAUGCAGUAGAUUGGAUGCAAGAUUUUGAAGCAUUUCAAGAAGCUUUAGAUUCAGAAACAAGUUAUAUUAGUAACUUAACACGUAGCAUGGCUCUUACACUUGAUGAAUUUUAUAGUCACUUACGUAGCUGUGGAGUUUCUGCUGCAACUGGAGCUGGUAUCACUAAGUUUCUUGAACUUAUUAAAGAUGCUAUAGAAGAGUAUGAAAGUGUAUAUAAAAAAGCUUGGGAGAAGAUGAAAAUUAAACGAGAUGUUCAGCGACAAAAAACAGAGCAAGAACAACUUCAAAAAGUAACUGAAGAAGUUACAGGAGAAAGAGUGCCAUUAGUAACAACAAUUAGUAGUGGAAGAGAGAUUUCAGACAUAUAUUUAAAACAUGCUGGUAAUGAAUCAAGUGAAGAUGAAGAAGGUACAGAAAACCCAUUUAAAGAAGAAGAAGAUGAAGAAGAAAAGAAAGAAGCAGAAUCUUUUACAAAUUUUUUACAUAGGCAUAAAAUGCAACAAAAGAAACAUCCAACUAAUCAACCCACAACAAGCAGUAACACAUAG